GGAGCAGGCAAAGCCAAAUAGAAAGAAAGAGAGAAAGAAAAAAGGGCGUUGCUUGGUUGGAUGGACCCUUCACAGGUCCCCCAGCACUAAACCAAGGCACUUUAAAAAAAAUUAUAUAUAUACUGAUCUCUAACUAAACUGGAGCUGGCUGGGCUUCUUUCCUGGAAAAGGAUCAGAGGAAGUCGCUGAAGGGAGGGCGAUCAAGUCCACAUAAAGAUACCGCGGGUCUCCCUUCCUAUUUCGUAGCAUCAGGAAACCAAAUUGAAUCCUGACCAGAUUUGGCCAUCCUUCCUCCAGUACUCUUCUUCUGCAGCCACCACUUUCACACACCAGAAGGAACGCGAUUUCUUUCUGUUGUUUUUUCCUAUCUUGUUAAAGUUUGCAUGCUCAGUGUGUUGUUUUAAAAGCAUCAAAGAAACCCCCACCCCUGCUCCGAUCCUCCUGCUCACAAGCCGCUUGCAAUGGGGGCCCUGGAGAUUUUUGGACUGGGCAUGCUUUCCUUUCUCCUCUACUCUGGCAACACCAUGGCUAAAGCUAGUCAAGAUAUUGAUGAAUGUGUCGAUGGGACUGACAACUGCCACAUUGACGCCAUCUGCCAGAACACUCCCAAAUUGUACAAAUGCAUCUGCAAAUCUGGCUACACCGGGGAUGGGAAGCACUGUAAAGAUGUUGAUGAAUGUGAGCGUGAUGACAAUGCCGGCUGUGUCCAUGAGUGUGUCAACAUCCCAGGAAACUAUCGUUGUACCUGCUAUGAUGGCUUCCGCCUGGCACAUGAUGGCCAUAACUGCCUUGAUGUGGAUGAGUGUGCAGAGGGAAAUGGUGGCUGCCAGCAGACAUGUGUCAACAUGAUGGGGAGCUAUGAGUGCCACUGUCGUGAAGGUUUUUUCCUGAGUGACAACCAGCACACCUGCAUCCAGCGCCCAGAAGAAGGAAUGAACUGCAUGAACAAGAACCAUGGUUGUGCCCACAUUUGCCGGGAAACUCCAAAGGGGGGCAUUGCCUGUGAAUGCCGACCUGGCUUUGAGCUCACCAAGAACCAGCGAGACUGCAAGUUGACCUGCAACUAUGGUAAUGGAGGUUGCCAGCACACUUGUGACGAUACAGAUCAAGGGCCAAAGUGUGGCUGCCAUGUGAAGUUUGUGCUGCAUUCUGAUGGAAAAACAUGCAUAGGGGAGAGGCACCUCCAGCAGCACGUUACCCCCCAGACGUUUUCUAAUGAGACCUGCGCUGUCAACAAUGGAGGCUGUGACAGCAAGUGCCAUGAUGCAGCCACAGGUGUGCACUGCAGCUGCCCUAUGGGAUUUAUGCUCCAACCUGACAGGAAAACAUGCAAAGAUAUUGAUGAAUGUAGGUUGAACAAUGGUGGCUGUGACCACAUCUGUAGGAACACAGUGGGCAGUUUUGAGUGCAGUUGUAAGAAGGGAUAUAAACUGCUGAUCAAUGAACGGACUUGUCAAGAUAUUGAUGAAUGCUCCUUUGACAGAACCUGUGAUCACAUCUGUGUAAACACACCAGGGAGUUUCCAGUGCCUGUGUCACAAAGGCUACACGCUAUAUGGACUCACCCACUGUGGAGAUGUUGACGAAUGUAGCAUCAACCGAGGAGGCUGUAAGUUUGGCUGUAUAAAUACCCCAGGCAGCUAUGAGUGUACUUGCCCCGCUGGCUGUAAACUUCACUGGAAUAAAAAAGAUUGUAUAGAGCUGGUGAUAUGUUUGGCUGGCGCGAUAUCUCCACGGGCCACACUCACUUGCAAUAAAAAUGGCAAGAAGGACAGCUGCUCCCUUACCUGUGCCUCCAAGGCUCGAUUUCUGCCAGAAUCUGACAACAGUUACACAGUGAGUUGUGGGACCCCGGUCUUGCGACAGGGACCACCACAGAGGCCCAGCAAUAACAGCCAUCCCUGUGUUGAGACUGUCGCUGCUCCAAUCAAACAAAAGGCUUCCUUCAAAAUCAAGGAUGCUAAAUGCCACCUGCACCCACGCAUGAAAGGCAAGCAGGAUGAGACGGGCAGGAAUGGUGCCCUAGGUGGGGCAGCCCCUUGCUCAGAUUGCCAGGUGACUUUUGUGAACCUAAAGUGUGACUCCUCGAAGAAGGGCAAAGGACGCCGGGCUCGCAACUCUCCCAACAAGGAGGUGACUCGCAUCACGCUGGAGUUUGAAGCUGAAAUCAAGCCAGAAGAGAUCACAGCCAGUUGCAAUCUGAACUGUGUGCGACAGAAGGUGGAGAAAAAAUUGAAGUCGGCAAUCAAAGCCCUGAAGAAAUCCAUAAACCAGGAAAGAUUCCUGAUCCGCUUUUCAGGAAUGGAGUAUGAGUUAGCGCGGAAAUUGAGCAUGGCCACCGAGAGGCAGGAGAGCUGUGGGCCAGGACAACAGAGACUGGGAUCUAAGUGUGUUAGCUGCCUGCAAGGAACGUAUUACCACGGCCAGAUGGAGCAGUGCGUCCCUUGCCCUCCAGGGACCUACCAGGAGAAGGAAGGCCAGCUCUCCUGUGACCUUUGCCCUGGAAGUGAUGCAUAUGGGCCAGCUGGAGCAACAAAUAUAAGCGCCUGUGCAGGUCAGUGUCCCCCUGGCCAGUACUCUGUGGAUGGCUUCAAACCCUGCCAGCCUUGUCCGCGCGGCACCUACCAGCCUGAGGCCGGGCGAGCUUUAUGCUUCCACUGUGGUGGAGGACUGACCACCAAGCAUGAGGGAGCUUUUUCCUUCCAGGACUGUGAUACCAAAGUUCAAUGCUCUCCAGGCCAUUACUAUAAUACCAGUGUCCAUCGCUGCAUCCGUUGUGCUGUGGGCACUUACCAGCCAGAUUUCCGCCAGAAUUACUGCAUUACGUGUCCUGGGAAUACCACCACGGACUUCGAUGGAUCGACCUCCGUGUCACAGUGCAAAAACCGUCAAUGUGGAGGAGAGUUGGGCGAGUAUACCGGUUAUAUUGAGUCUCCCAAUUACCCUGGAAACUAUCCUGCAAAUGUAGAAUGCACUUGGAAUAUCAACCCACCUCCAAAGCGCAAGAUUCUCAUUGUGGUGCCUGAAAUCUUCCUGCCAUCUGAGGAUGAAUGUGGUGAUGUCCUGGUCAUGCGGAAAAACUCUUCACCCUCUUCCAUCACAACCUAUGAGACAUGCCAAACUUAUGAAAGGCCCAUAGCCUUCACUGCAAGGUCCCGAAAGUUGUGGAUCAACUUCAAAACCAGUGAAGCCAACAGUGCCAGAGGCUUUCAGAUCCCAUAUGUCACCUAUGAUGAGGAUUAUGAACAGCUCGUGGAAGACAUCGUACGGGAUGGCAGGCUAUAUGCCUCUGAAAACCAUCAAGAAAUACUGAAGGACAAGAAACUGAUCAAGGCUUUCUUUGAUGUACUGGCUCACCCGCAAAACUACUUCAAAUACACGGAGAAGCACAAGGAGAUGCUGCCCCGUUCCUUCAUAAAACUCCUCCGCUCCAAAGUCUCCAGCUUUCUCAGGCCUUACAAAUAGCCUUGUGGCACUUUCACCAGCCUUCCGGGCUCCUUUGCAGCCAAGAAAACUCUCUCUUACACUUACUUCUUAUUUUUCAAUAACUUCUUUCUACAAAUACAACCCCCCAUAUCUCACUAUGCAGAUGACUAUAACCAUUGGUUUUUCUUGGCUUUUCUUCAAACCAAAUUAACUGAUGUUGUUGUCCAUGGAAGGAACAACCAGCCGCCAGGAAGAACUGAAUCCCAUUCUUUAUGCUUCCUAUACUGAAGUCUCAACCUGUAGAGCUCACAUGUCCCAGUACGUGAUGCACUCUCCACAAGUGGCCUCUACUGGGACCUGUAACUCUAGGGCAGUUUCAGCCGCCUCCCAUAUAUGCAAAUUACAUGCAGCCCCUUGUGCUGCAAGGCAGUUGCCAAAGAGGCCACUUGGGUACAUCUCUCUGCAUGACUCUGCUUCUAGGAAGACAGACCCCUGCUGCCAUACCAUGCCUGAGCUUGUGGGAGACAGGUGAAAUGGGGGACUUCGAGCAGCUGCUAAGCAAUGGAAUUGAUCCAGUUGAACUGUUUUGUAAAGGAUUGAAGGCAAAGGACACCUGGAAUGCAGAAGGUUAUGCCUUAUUUAUCAGAUUGCUGUGGGUUUUUAAAGGAAAAAAAUAUCAAGCAUAGUCUUGCAGAGAAGAUCAGACGAAAAACACUAUAAAUUGUUGGGAGGAAGAUCAUACAAAAGCAAAAGACAUAUCUAAGGAGUGUGAAAGAAAAUGGCCCGUGGUUGUGAUGGCAGUUUUGGUGGCUAAGAGUCUAAUUUGGUGGCUAGGAGACAUUUCAUGAUGGAGUCUGACUUUUUGUAUUUGAAGAAAGCAUGGCCUAGCCACUUUCUCAUGUGGAAUGAUGUCUGGGGAAAAGGGAGGAGAACUUGUUGAAAAGUGAGACUUUCCAGUGUGAUUUCUCCCCCAUGGACACUCGCGCUGAGACCAGACUUCUUAUAAGCUCUGCCAAAGAGUAACUCUAUGACAAGAAAAAAGAAAGCAGUGUGAAGGGCAGGAGUGAGUGAAUGUUUGUGCACUAGGAUGUUCUCCUUUCUACCUUUUUCAUAUUAUUAAGUGCAAUCAUUUUGAGUUGUCUUUAUAUUAUUUAGAGGGAAGUUUUUUUCUACUAGAAACUACAAUAUUUAUACCUGCCUGAGAAAAGAGAAUGUGUGUGCGUGCGCAUGUGUUAUAAAAAUGAAACAGAAAAGAAUACAAAUGGAGGAUGUGAGGAAAUGAUGACUAAAUGUGACUAAGUUUUCAGCUCUUAGAAUCUUUUGUUUUCCUCACUGCAGUAAAUUCCAGUGUAACCCCUGAAGAUCAAGCUCCUUGAUGAUCCUGUAACCACGGAAGGUACAGAGGACAUGAGCUGAAUAUUUUCAGCUGACUGGAAAAUUGUUUUAGCCACAAGCCGUGCUUUAGAGUAAAUUCAAAUAUUAUCAAAGCCAUGUGGUACAGCCCUCAUGGAACAAUAGAAACUCUAAAUGCAUAUCAGGGACUACAUGUUGGAAUUGAUCCUCAUGUUAAUCUUGCCCAGCAUGUGCAAAAGAUAGCUCAGCAGAGAGAAGAAUUGUUAUCUAACCUUCACUCUCUCUGACAAGUUUAGUUUUGCACAGGAAGGGAGAUUUUGGCAUGGGGGUGUGAGAUUCUCCAGCUACACAAUGAGGUGGUAUAGUUCCUUUCCUACGUGUUUCAGUAGGUUCCUUCUGAUUUCUAAAAUAAGAGCUGUGGGGGCACAAGUCUCCCUAGAAGUUGUACCCUUGACCUGAAAGCUUUUUCUCUGAAUCUUGGAGUUGUAGACAUUGAUUCUCAGCAGGCGUCUCAAUCUUUGGCUGGCCUUGGAGCCAAUCUAAAAAUUCUUGUCACUAGGACUCUGUCUCUCCUUGUCCCUGUACUGCCACCAUGGGAGGUGCAGGGACAAUCCUCUGCUCCCCUCCCAAGCUCCAAAUGUGGAUGGAAAGGAUGGCAGGGGCUGUCAGCUCGCCCUUGUGCAGCUCAGGUACUUGGGAGUCAAGAGGACAUCUCGGCAAUGCAGUGGCCAAGGAAGCCUCUAUCACCUUCUCUAGCUAAGAAUUAGCAUGGUUUGUGGGGGCCAUCAGUCUGGUCCUGCACUGCUCAAAAACUUAGAGGACUUUGACAAAGCAGCAGGCAAAACCUCCCAAUCUUUCUCCUGACUUUCAGGCUACAGAGACUCUCUCCCCACCCACUUCUGUAGCUCCAAAGUUGGGAGAAAGGCUGGGGCUCACUUGUCAUGCUCACCAGAAGGCAACAGACUACUUUCCAUGGCAACUGUGGGAAGCAAAAAUGUGGAACCCUGGUUCUUAGUUAAGAGAGAAAUGCUCCCUGCACAUGUUCAAAAGCUCUCCUGUCAUUCCAUAUUCCAAAGCUGAGCCCAGCAUUGAAUACAGGUUUGGAGGUAAACCGUGGUCAGCCUAGGCUAAUAUUAAGUUCUGAUUAGUGUGUCUUUGCCAUUUCUGAGCCAUGACCUGAAACUAGCAAUCAGAAUUGUAAUCUAAAAGGCUGCAAGCAUGCACUUGGAUCAGCUCAUCUUCAUUUGCUGUAGUAGUAAUAAGGUUUCCCUGCCUGGGAUCUAAUGGUUUACUAUUCCUUUAAACCUGAUUCAUAAUCAGAAUUGGUUCAGCUAAAUUUACUGGAUUUUUUCACAUUUAUAUAGAAUUGUCUCUGAUCUAAAAAUGAUCACAGUACUUGAAUAGGUCAGAUCCCAUUACAGUAGCAGCUAAGUCUUGCUAUUCAGUGCUGAUCUUAUCAGAUUCAGCUAUUCCCUACUAUAAACAAGCAUCUGUUUAUCUUUUGAGGGAAAAGAAAAACAACUCACCUCUAUUUUGUACUAUGGGAGGAGUUGGAAAGAGCAGGAUCAGAAAUGGGGGCAAGCUCUGAAGGCAAAACUUGCAUUAAACUCAGCUUAGACAUUCUAUCGGAUUUCUUUCCAGCUAGAUCCCUAGUUUCCAUUGUGUCCUUAUCCAAAUGUAGAAAAUAUAAAGGUUUGGAAAGCUGAAAAUUCCAUCUCAACAUAGAAAACGUAACAAUUUUUAAACAACAAAGCUGAAAUAUUUAUACCUGCAUUGUGCAGUAUGCCACAAUACAGUAUCUCCUGCAAAAUAAUGAUUAAAUGAUGAAAAAGGUGUAGUCCAUAAAGUUAUUUGCACUUGAUAAAAGAAAUUGUAUCUGAACUUGUAAAAAGAAAAGUUUGCAUUUCGUAUUGUCUUUUUUUAAUUAUUAAAUGGAAUUUCUUGG